AUGAAUGGACAGUUGGACCUAAGUGGGAAGCUGAUCAUCAAAGCUCAACUUGGGGAGGAUAUUCGACGAAUUCCCAUUCAUAAUGAAGAUAUUACUUAUGAUGAAUUAGUGCUAAUGAUGCAGCGAGUUUUCAGAGGAAAACUUCUGAGUAAUGACGAAGUUACAAUAAAGUAUAAAGAUGAAGAUGGAGACCUUAUAACAAUUUUUGAUAGUUCUGACCUUUCUUUUGCAAUUCAGUGUAGUAGAAUACUGAAACUGACGUUAUUUGUUAAUGGCCAACCAAGACCCCUAGAAUCAAGUCAAGUGAAGUAUCUCCGUCGAGAGCUGAUAGAACUGCGAAAUAAAGUGAAUCGUUUGUUGGAUAGCUUGGAACCACCUGGAGAACCAGGACCUUCCACCAAUAUUCCUGAAAAUGAUACUGUGGAUGGUAGGGAUGAAAAGCCUGCUGCUUCUGAUUCUUCUGGAAAACAGUCUACUCAGGUUAUGGCAGCGAGUAUGUCAGCUUUUGAUCCUUUAAAAAACCAAGAUGAAAUCAAUAAAAAUGUCAUGUCAGCGUUUGGCUUAACAGAUGAUCAGGUUUCAGGGCCACCCAGUGCUCCUGCAGAAGACCGUUCAGGAACACCUGACAGCAUUGCUUCCUCCUCCUCUGCAGCUCACCCACCAGGAGUUCAGCCACAGCAGCCACCUUAUACAGGAGCUCAGACACAAGCAGGUCAGAGUGAAGGUCAGCUGUACCAGCAGUACCCGCAACAGGCUGGCUAUGGUGCUCAGCAGCCACAGGCGCCGCCUCAGCCGCCACAGCAGUACGGUAUUCAGUAUUCAGCAGGUUAUAGUCAGCAGACUGGACCCCAGCAGCCUCAGCAGUUCCAGGGAUAUGGCCAGCAACCAACUUCCCAGGCACCGGCUCCUGCCUUUGCGGGUCAGCCUCAACAACUGCCUGCUCAACCACCGCAGCAGUACCAGGCGAGCAGUUACCCUUCACAAACUUACACUACCCAAACUUCUCAGCCUACGAGUUACACUGUGGCCCCUGCCUCACAGCCUGGAAUGGCUCCAAGCCAACCCGGGGCCUAUCAGCCGAGACCAGGUUUUACUCCACCUCCUGGAAGUACUAUGGCUCCACCUCCUAGUGGGCCUAACCCUUAUGCACGUACCCGCCCUCCCUUUGGUCAGGGCUAUACCCAACCUGGACCUGGUUAUCGAUAAAGAGGCUCAGCUACACUGAUUAAUGUAGCUGCUAGCUUAUUUGCCUCCCAAAAGACUCCAGUACUACUAUUUUAAUUUGUAUUGAAGUCCAGAAAUUUAAAAAGCAGAGCAUUUUUUGAUAUCAUUGUUGCUGUUAAUUGAAAGUAUAAUUUGCUAGAACACAAAAAGACCAAAAUGAAAGUUUUUUUCUUCCCUUGCUUAAAAGUGUAGCAGCUGCCUAGUUAUUUUGGAACACUA